CUCUCACUCCUAAACGUUACACAAGAGAGAGAAACAUAGUCGUCGGAGAGCUCCCAAAGAUGGCGGAUUACGGCCGGGUGAUCUCGCUUUCGCAAGCCAGGGACAUGUCCCAUACCUCCGACGACGAAGACGAGGAGCAGAGCCCUCGAAGCCUGCAGCCGCUCUCCGCUGUCGGAUCCUCCCGUGGAAAGGCCUACGGAAGCAGAAGCGGGGGCGGCGGAGAGAUGGUGACGUCGAUGGGGGAGAUCAUUCGGAAGCCGAGGGGGAGGCCGCCGGGGUCGAAGAACAAGCCGAAGCCGCCCAUCGUGAUCACAAGGGACAGCGACACGGCGAUGAAGCCGGUGGUCCUGGAGAUCUCGGCGGGAUCCGACGUCGUGGAGCAGGUGGUGGAGUUUGCGCGACGCCGGCACGUGGGGCUCAGCAUCAUGAGCGGCUCCGGCACCAUCUCUAACGUCACGCUCCGCCACCCCAUGGCCCACGCGCCGACGAUAUCACUGCAUGGGCCCCUUCACAUCGUCUCGCUGUCCGGGACCUACGUGGGUCCCAGCGGCUCGUCGUCCUCGUCAGCCUCGUCAUCUCCCGCUGCUAAUCCUUCUGCUUCAUCACCACCGUCUUGUUCUGCUUUUUCUAUUUCUCUUGCAGGGUCUCAGGGCCAGGUGUUCGGAGGGAUCAUCGCCGGCAAGGUGGUAGCUCAGGCACCGGUGAUCGUCGUGGCAGCUACGUUCGUGAGCCCGCCUUUCCACCGGCUUCCGGCGGUGGCUGCUGCCCUAACUGGCAGCGGUGGUGGUGAAGGGGAAGAAGGUGGCGAUCAUAAGCAUCAGAAUCAUCAUCAUCAUCAUCAACCUCAUCAUCAUCGUCACGAAGAAGGAGCUAGUAAGGUAAUGGAACAGUCGCGAACCGGCUCUAGCAUGUCUACCAUGUCAGUGUACAGUACUAGUGUUGCAGCCAUCGCCUCUACUCCGACUCCUUUGAAUUGCCAGAUCCCUCCCGAUGUUUUGCACUGGGCUUCCAGUGCCUCUCGCCCACACCAUUUCUGAUCGACUCAGAGCUAGAUCAGAUACAGAAAAUGAUAUGCAUGAUUGGUUUUCGAGAAGGAGGCUAGCCAAGAAGUACAUUUAAUUAAGUAAUUUCCGAAUUGGAACACAGUACCCUCUCCAUUCUCUCAUGUGUAGUUUGUUUUUUUUUUUUUUCCUGUUUUUUUGUUUUUUUGUUUUUAUAAACUUGAUAUUUUCAUCGUAUUAUCCGAAUCUUAAUUUCAGGAA